AAGAUAUCUUCCUGCCUCCACUUCCUGUUCCUCUAGGCAGCCUGGGAGAGUGAGCGAGCAAGCAAGAAAUUGGUAACAAUGGAUCUAAGUGACAACCAGAUUCAGAUCCUCGAGAGGACUUUCAAGGUGUGCCCCAACCCUGAUGAGACCCAGCGCGCCCAUCACGGCCGCGAACUUGGCGUGCAGCCCCAGCAGAUCAAAUUAUGGUUCAAGAACCGCCGUGCCCAGAUGAGGAGGUGUUUGGGGUUGACGGCAUGGCAGGCUUGGGACGAGCAGGUUGACAACCACUUAUCCGACUCAGAGAAUGACGAGAUUCACUAAGUCAACUUCGCCAUGUGGGUUUGUGGAUUGAGGGCUGAUCCAUUGAUGUAAACUAAGUGAAUGCCCUAGGUUUUUUCCCUUCAGUCUGUUUGUUCCAAAUAACGUGUCAUAGACCUGCCUGCGAGCAGAUGGUACGCACUGAGAGUCGGUCUCGACGGCAAGCAUGUUUGCGUCGAGUCCAUGCAUCGAGUCCAUGUGUCAGGUUGGGGUCGCUCCCGUUUCUACCGCGUCGUGAACCGAGUCAUGGGAUGGCAUGGCACAUCGGAUCACAGGCGAUAAUAGUGGAGCUGUAGAUCCUGGACCCAGGAUCUGAUUCGUGGGAUGGCACGAGUCAUUAGGAAGGUUGUUUGUGUUUAGGUCGGUCGUGCAACGACCGUUCUUUCUCUCUGUAUUCCAAAAAAAAAUCUGUAGCAAGUAUUCAUGGCAUCAAAUUCCAUGUGU